AUGGCUAAUUCCUUUUUGCUUGCAGCUUUUUGGCUGUUUACUCUCGUUCAAACACAGUGUAUGUAUAGCCCCUCAAGCUCGCCAGCUGAUGUUGGAAAGCUUCUAAUUUAUAAACAGACACAACAGUAUCUACGUCACUUUCAACUUCGUCUUUGUCGCGUCCAAAGGUUGUACAAACAGCGGUAUUAACUACGGGAAUUACCGAGGUGACGGUGGUGCAAACUUUCUAUGAGACAACAUAUACGCAAUUCGCAUCUUUAUCAGGUACUAUUCAAACAUUUAUUAAAAUUCCAAUUACCGGCGGUACAGCGACGAGUAUUCAGACAUUCAGUUUUGAUAUUGGGCCAGGCGGAGUGGGAUGGGCUAUACCAACAGCUGCGCCUUCACCGGUCAUUGACGAGCCUACGCAUUUACCUACACCGAGAGGCAUUGUAUUUCAAGCUGGGGCUCUUGGUAAACGUGCCGAAACGUCUAAGUCUCAGCCAACACAAUCUAGAACGAGCUCUACGCCAGCUAGACCAGGUACUUUUUCUCCUAGGAGAAAUUCCACUGUUUCCUCCAGAAAUCCAACCUUCAAAACCAGCACUGGUAAUCCAACAAUGUCCAGAUCUAGGGGUGUAUCAUCCAGCAGUCGUCGAUCCAAUUCAACAUCUGCAUCAUCAGGAACAAGAUCUACAAGCACAAACGGACCCGAGAAGAUACCAGUGCCCUUGGGAACUGGUUCUUUGAACACCUCGAGAGUUCCAACAAGAUCAGCAUCGCGAACCCGUGGGAAUUCCACAGUGCCAGCAUCCGGGUCUCUGCCAACCAGUCUACCAACCUUAAGAAGUACCUCUUCCAGCUCUGCGGCGUCAGGGAGACCAUCAUCGCGCCCUCUUGGAAAUUCUACCUCUAGUUCAUCAUCAAGAUCAUCUGGGACAUCCGGUGGAGGAGCGCUCCCAUUUUUCCCUGGAGGGCCUCCUAAAACUGAGAGUAGAACAAGGAGUAGAACGGGGAGCAGAACAGCAAGGAGAACAGCAAGGAGAACUCCCUUAUUUCCAACUACUACAGCUGUAAGCGAAAACAUCCAUGAUAUAACCCGUUUUAGAUUUGCUAAGUGCUAACUAAUUUCUUUAGACUUACUCGUCGAUCCCUCCUGAUUUCACUGGAUAUACUCUCCCUGGAACUACAUACACAGCAAGUCAAAUGUAUACUACUACAAGAAAUGGGAUGGUUGUAGUGGUCCCAAUUAUUCUUGGAGUAGGUGGCAUUGGAAUGAUACCAGCCGUCCUGCCCUUUGGAGGAGCUUUCGGCCCAGGGGUUGGUAGUGGUGGAGGUAACCCGGACGAUCCAAACAAUAGCGACGACGACGACGACGAUGACGAUGACGACGACGACGACGACGAUGAUGAUAUAGAACUUCCAAGCUCAAGUACCAGGCCACCCUUGUCUACAUCGCGUUCCACCGACCUCCGCACUUCAUCUAGUUCUGUGGAAUCAUUUAGCAGUACAAGCAGCACCUCAAGAACUCUUGCAAGUCCAACAAGCAGUUCAUCAAGUAGAAGGAGUACUGCGACGGGUUGUUAUACUACUAAAACCAAGUGUUCAAUACGCUGUGCUCAGACGACCUCCUUUCUUCCUUGCGAGGCUUUCACGACAGAGUGUUCGCCAGCGACUGUAACUGUCCCAUGUUCGACAACAAGAAGAAUGGUCACCACUACUAGCGAGGCAUGCAUACGUGUUCCCGCACCUACGUUCUCGCUAGCGACCCAGACCUUCUGUAAUGGUAAAUGUGGACGCUAUGAGACGCCAAUUGGGACUGAUCUACCAGCAUUUGCCACUGGCCCUCCGAAUCCAGAUCUGGAGGAGGAGUGGGAGGAUUUGGAUGAUAUCUUUGUCCCACCUCAACCAACUCCCAUUGAGCUUGGUCGAAUCAAACGUGGUCAUAUUACUGCAGCCCCAACAACAGAUGCACCGCAUGGUCCUAUCACUCCUGCCCCACUUCUGAAACGGGGUAAAAAAAUAGAAGUAACGAAGAUCGGAGGUUGUGACCCAAGAACACCUGGCAACGCCCCCUUGACUGUACCAGAAUACCCGUUUCCAUUUUCGGAUAUCAUGGAACCCGAGUUGGAGGAUAGAUUAGAGGAACAAUAUAGCCAGAUACCACGAUAUGAUCGAGCUACUAACGUGGAUUGCGUGUUCACUACUACACGCCUUAAUGCCCAACAAUUUGCUGCCGCCCCAGAAUAUCUUCCUUGGGGUAAAAAUCAACCUGAUAAUUCCAUGCCUAAUAGAGAAGUCAGUAUUGACCACGCUUGUAAGUUGGAUUUUCCUAUAACUUGAGCUUUAGCUAAUUAAUGCACAGUUGAAAAGGGUUGGGUCAAGAACUUCUUUAGGUCAAUCAUCAGCAAUAAGGGAGAGCCAGGAAAACUGACUUGUGAUGAGAUGAACCAAUAUUUCUUUCCGAUGGACUCGCAUGGCGCUACUUUCAACUUCAUGCAGGCCAUUUUGAACGCACUUGGUAGUCGCGAACACUUGGAUGCAUUCAUCAUAAUGAGCAGGUACCUCAACACCGUUGGAAAAGGAGGCAUCAGUUACGGUGUCAUGAGAAAAUACGUAAGAGACCCACGGUGGGAAUUUGCGGACAAUCUCGUAGGGUGGAGAUGGGGACCAGGACACUACAGAAUCUGGUCAAUACCGAGCGCACUAGCCUCACUGAUUGGGCAAAUAGAAAAGACUCUACUUGGUGUUCUGGUAUGGAAUGCUCGUUCUUUGAAUGGCAAAAUGACUAACAAGCUCCAGGUUCUUCAAAACCCGGAGAUGCUGGAAAAGAUGGAUAAAACCAACGACCGCAUCUAUCAAGAAUUGCAAGUCAAAUUUCACAAGUUGAAGAACUAA